UACCAUUGCUUUCACGGUGCACCACGUGCUCGCUCGCCUUCUUCAUAAAUCGUAGCCCACGAGUUUGUACAGUUCACGUUACGACGCCGUACCUUGAACAUCAAAUAUCGCCUCCACCACAUGCCUUAUUAUUUUCACAUAAAGAUGGAUCAAAAUCGUGAAGAUAUGAUUGCAAGAUUCAUAGAAGCCACGGGAGUCGAUAAAAAACAAGCCGAACUUAGCCUCGAGUCUUCUGCCUGGUCAAUUGGUAGUGCUCUUGCAAAUUUUUUUGAAGAGAACAGCAAUUCGGAUUUUGAUAUGGAAGAAGAAGAUAAUCAGGUAAAAAAAUCCAAGUCUAAGCCAAAGAAAAAGGCAAAUUUUGCUACAAUAAGGGAUUUUCAAGAUACUGAUAGCAGUUCAGAUGAAGAAGGACAAGCAUUUUUUACUGGUGGUGGUGGCUCGACUGGUCAGCAAAUUUUAGGACCAGAUGAAAUGAAACACAUGUGCCCAUGUUGUAACUCUGCAGAAUUAAACAAACCCAGUGACAAGCCUGAAACAUUUGGGGGCUUAGGUUAUAAAUUAGGCAUGACAAACGAAGAUACAGAAGUUGUUGGAACACCAUCACCUGGUACAUCAAAAGCAUCCAGUGCCAGGCCUACGGAGUUCAGAGGUAUAGGCUAUAAAUUAGGCAUGACAAACGAAGAUACAGAAGUUGUUGGAACACCAUCAUCUGGUACACUAAAAGCAUCCAGUGCCAGGCCUACGGAGUUCAGAGGUAUAGGCUAUAAAUUGGGCAUGACGAGCGAUGACACAGAAGUUGUUGGAUCACCAGCACCUGGUAAGGCAAGCAGACCCAGUGCCAGGUCUAAAAUGUUUAGGGGCUUAGGCUAUAAAUUAGGCUUAACCAACGAUGAUACAAAAGUUGUUGGAACACCAUCACCUAGUGCAUCAAAUAGAUCUUUCGUCAGGCCUACAGAGUUCAGAGGUUUAGGUUAUAAAUUGGGUUUGACAAGCGAAGAUACAGAAGUUGUUGGAACACCAUUAUCUGUUAAUCAAGCUUCAUCUUCUGAUAUCGUAUCUCUGAAGCUCUGGAAAAAUGGAUUUACUGUAAAUAACAAAGAACUCAGAAGAUAUGAAGAUCCAGACAGUAAAAAAUUACUCGAUACAAUAAAAGGAGGCGCAAUUCCAGAAGAAAUACGUUCUGAGGUAGCUGGGAAUGUGUUAACUGUAGAAGUGGAAAAUCGUUGGCUUGAGGAUUAUACUCCACAAAAAGAUGAAGAUGAAGUAUUUGCUGGUAAGGGCCAUAUGCUUGAAAGUUCAUCUUCACCCACUGUUGAAAUGGCAUUACCUGUAGAUGUAACCAGUCAAGCUGCUAAUGAGGCAAUAGCAAAAACUCCACUUAAUCUUGAUACAAAUCUACCAGUUACAUCAUUACAAAUUAGAUUAGCUGAUGGAAGUAAUUUGAGAGCUCAAUUUAAUUUGACACACACAAUUGCAGAUGUAAGAAACUACAUCAUAAAUAUGAAGCCUCAAUAUGCACUUAGAACAUUUAUUUUGAACACAGUGUUUCCAGCAAAAGAACUUUCGGAGGAAGAUAAAACUAUUGAAGAUGCAAAUCUUCAAAAUUCUACAAUAAUGCUAAGGCUGAAAUAAGUUAGCCAUUAUUUUG